UCCUGAAAUGUUGAGUGAGAACGAUGUGUCCAAAAUAUAUUCUGAUGAUGAAGAUUCUGAUGAAGAUGAUUUUGAUCCCAAUUUCACCAGAGGAUUUCUUGACGACUUUUACCGUAUUCGCAAAGACGUCACUGAAAAAUUAAAACAAUUUUCUUGGAUAAAUGGAUAUUGCGUGAUAACAUUCAACCCAGAACCACGUUUGUAUGUGACUGUAGUAAAGGAGAGAAAAAAUGAUGAAGAUUCUUUGAAGAAUGAGAUCAACGACAAAUUUGGAUGGAAAGCGUCUGAUUAUAUUGAUUUUCGUUAUGCCAACAGCUCAUUACCGACGUUUCGAUAUUUGUCAAAUCAAGGUAAAACAAAGUAAAUGUCAUAAUCCUAUGAAUGUAGGUUAUGAAGGUUACUUUGGUACAGUGACAAUGGUUUGCAGAAAGAAUCGUUAAGAAUGUACAGUACCGACCUCGAGUAACAUGACUUGACUCGCGAGUAUCGA